AUUUUAAGUUUUUUUCACUUCUACGUAGUAAUAACCAUGGCGUCUUCUGCUCUGAGAGAUGAGCUGGACUGUUCCAUCUGUCUGAUCACUUAUACAGAUCCUGUAAUGCUGAGAUGUGGACACAACUUCUGCCGGGUCUGUAUUGAUCGUGUGCUGGAUACACAGGACCAGUCUGGACUUUAUUCCUGUCCUGAAUGUAGAGAAGAGUUUCAGGAGCGGCCUGAACUCCAAAAGAACAUAACUCUACAUAAAGUAGCAGAACGUCUCCAGGAGGAGGUCAUUGGGAUCUUCUGCACCUACUGUAUUCAUUCUCCUGUCCCUGCUGUGAAGUCCUGUCUGCACUGUGAGGCUUCUCUGUGUGAUAAACAUCUGAGAACUCACAACAAGUCACCAGAUCACGUCCUGACUGAUCCCAGCACUUUACCGGAGAACAGGAAAUACUUCAUCCAUAAGGAACUCUUAAAGUACUAUUGUACCAAGGAGGCCGUCUGUAUCUGUGUGUCCUGCCGUUUGGCCGGAGAACAUCGGGGACACCAGAUGGAGAUGAUGGAUGAGGCCUCUGAGAAGAAGAAGAAGAAGAAACUGAGAAAUCUUCUCCAGAAACUGAUCACAAAGAGAGAGAAGACUGAGGAAAGAGUCCGGAGUCUGGAGGAACGCAGGAGAAAAACUCAAGAAAAAUCAUCUGGAGAAGCGGAGAGAGUCACUGCCCUGUUUAUAGACAUGAGGAGACGGCUGGACGACCUGGAGAAGAAGGUCCUGAGUGAGAUCUCCAGGCAGGAAAAGGAAGAGUCACUGUCACUGUCUGCUCUGAUCCAUCAGCUGGAAAUAAAGAAGGACGAGCUGUCCAGGAAGAUGAGACACAUUGAGGAGCUGUGUAACAUGACGGAUCCACUGACUGUCUUACAGGAACCAGACACAGGUGACUUGUGUGAUCCUGAGGAGGGGGGAGGGGAUGAGGACACAGGGGGACAUGAUAAGGCACAUGAUGUAGAUGAUCUGGAUAUGACUGUGAUCUCAGACACAUUCCGCACAUUAUGUGACAUAAUAUCAGGUAUAAGGAUCUAUGGGGAGGAUCCUGCAGACAUAUUACUGGAUGUAAACACGGCUCAGAAUAAUCUCCUUAUAUCAGACGACUUGAAAACUGCAACAUGGACAGAAAUAACACAGAAUCGUCCAGAAACAGCAGAGAGAUUCCAGAAACAUCCUCAGGUGAUGAGCAGAAGGAGAUUUACCUCAGGACGACAUUACUGGGAUGUGGAGAUCAGUAGAUCAGGAUUGUGGAGGGUGGGGAUGUGUUAUCCCAGUAUAGACAGGAGGGGGCAUCAUUCGUACAUUGGAGAUAACAGCGAGUCCUGGUGUCUAUAUGGAGGGCGGGUUAGCAAUAACCAUUAUUCAGUUAUUCAUGACAUGAGGAAGACCCAGUUACCUCACCAGGUCUCCAGUAAUAGAUUCAGGAUCUGUCUGGAUUAUGGGGCCGGGCAGCUGUCCUUUUAUGAGCUGUGUGACCCCAUCAGACACUUACACACCUUCACCACCACCUUCACCGAGCCCCUUCAUGCUGCAUUAUGGGUAUAUCAUGGUGGCAUGAAGAUAAUGGGAGGGACAGCUUCUAGGAGAAACCAUCAUAAUAGAAGAAAUCUGCCCUGAGACAAGUGAUAUCACCGGGAGCAGAAUCUGAUCAGUCACCCUCCAGCCUAUGGGGGGCAGCAGUGAGAAAAUUUAAAUGUAAUCUAUGUUUGCCUUUGGACCCUACAUCUUCACCGCCAUUUUUCCUUCUGGCUAUGAAUACUCUACCGCUACAAUACAUAAAGUGCAAUAGUCCAGUCCAGAAACCAAUAGUCCAGUCAUGAGUAAUAUUCAGUAUACUGUAAUGCAGUGUUCCUGACCUCGUGGAUCUCU